CAUCAUCAUCAAGAAAUCUCAGCCACCACCCACUGACAUUUACAAUGAAAUUCUCGUCGCCCUCCUUGCUUCUCCUAUGUCUUGCGGCAUCAACUUCCGCUUCCGCCAUCGAAGAAAGAACAGAAACUGAUGCUGUAGGGCAUUGGACCACCGACAGAUGCAUCGUCUCUGUCCGUGCUUCCGGCCGUAAUGAGGGCACUUACACCUCGAGGGUCGGCCCCAUUGCUUGGAACUCUGGCGGCCUCAUCUCACAAGGACUUUUCUCUGGUUGCGAUCUAAAAAUUGAUCGCAAGCGUUCGCCCCCGCCAGGAGGAUGCUCGCAGUGGACUGCUUGGAUUGAGGGUGGACGCUGCAGUACACUUGACUAUUUCAAGGUCACGUCGUUUUUCUGUGACGACCCAAGAUUUUGUUAGGAUUUCCAGGCCCGCUAUGGAUUUUACUGGCCUGACUUCCAGCGAAAAGCAAGGCCACUUUUCUGUGGUUGCGUUUGCAUAGGUUUCAUUUGAAGGAGGAAACUAUUGCAUUUUCCCUGUUUCUACAGCUAGCUUGGAUGCACAUACUUCAGUUGCAUUGCCUCAUUACACCCGAGCCCCUGGAUUCACUCUUGGUAGUCUACUAGUAAAGUAUGGCUCUUACUCAACAAGUCUUGAGUGACUGUAGAUUACACGGCCAAAGACAGUCUCACUCAGCGACAAUCGUUUGGAACCAUGGUCAUGUGUAGCCAUUUCUCAAAUCAUAAUCACCAGC